AUGCAGCUAAUAAGUGAUCUCAACAAGCCAUGGAUAAUACUUGGUGAUUUUAAUGCAGUAAUUUCUCAAGAAGAAAAAUUUGGUGGAAGAGCUCCUAAUAGAAAUGCAAUGUUAGAAUUCAGUGAAUGUCUUAAUCAGUGUGAACUACUUCCAGCUCCUAAAACUGGUUUACAAUUUUCAUGGUCAAAUUGUCAAAAAGGAAAGGCUCUUAAUAAUUUAGUAAAGGCUCAAAAUGAGCAUGCAAGCAGAGAGGUUCAAGCAAAUACAUUGUUAAGGCAGAAAUCUAGAAUUAAGUGGAUUAAAGAAGGAGCAGCCAAUAAAAGCUUCUUUCAUACAAAUAUGAAGAAUAGAAACUCAAAAAAUAUGAUUUGUGAACUUGAAGAUAAAUAUGGUAAUGUGAUUGUGGAUCAAGAAAAAAUUGCAGACUUAUUGGUGAAUCACUUUCAAGAAAAUUUUAAGUAUAAACUAGUGGAUUGUACUGACAAUUUAUUAGAUGUGAUACCUAAAGUCAUUAAUGAGGAAGAUCAAAAAAUGUUGGAUAACAUUCCUGAUGAAGAAGAGAUUAAGAAAGUUGUUUUUGAUAUUGAUCCAGAGAAUGCUCCAGGUCCUGAUGGUUUUUCAGGCAUAUUUUAUAGAAGUUGCUGGGAAAUAAUCAAGAAUGAUUUAGUUAAUGCUAUUCAAUUCUGCUGGAGGAGAAAUUUUAUACUUAAAGGAAUGAAAUCAAGCUUUUUAUUCUUACUUCCUAAGGUGCAAGGAGCUAAAUCUGCAAAAAAUUUCAGACCAAUUGGGUUAAGUAUUAUCUUCAAAAUAUUCACAAAACUUAUCACUAAGAGAAUGAGUGGGUUAAUGAAUAAGUUAAUAUCACCUCAACAAGUUGCUUAUGUAAAAGGGAGAAGUAUACAUGAACAAGUAAUGCUUGCAUCUGAGCUUGUCAAUGAAAUGAAAUUCAAAAGAAGGGGAGGAAAUUUUGGUAUAAAACUUGAUAUUUCUCAAGAUUAUGACACAGUAAGUUGGAAAUUCUUAAUCAAGGUGUUAAAGAAAUAUGGCUUCUCUUCUUCUUGGUGUGAAUGGUUAAUUAUAUUGUUCAAAUCAGCAAGGAUAUCUGUAAUGGUUAAUGGUGGUCCAUGUGGAUUUUUUCCUGCGGAGAGAGGAUUGAAACAUGGAGACCCAUUAUCUCCAAUUCUGUUUGGAAUAAUGGAGGAAGUAUUAGGCAGAAAUAUUUCAGCUCUGGUUGAUAGGGGAGAGUUGCAGCCAAUGGUCACCAAAAAAGGUCAAAUAAUCAACAAAGCCAAAAGUAAGCUUUUUGUGGAUGGUACUUCUCAACAGAGGAAGAAAAUGAUUAGUGAACUAGUAAAUAUGGAAGUGGCGAAAUUUCCAGAUAAAUAUCUGGGUGUGUAUUUUGCUUCGGGGAAGAUCACCUCUGCAAUGGUGUGGCCAAUAGUUGAAUUAAUUCAUAGCAAGUUAGCUGCAUGGAAGGAUGAGGAAUGGGCAUUAUUCUUCUCUGCCAAAUUUAAAGACAAAUAUGGUCAAUGGUCUGAAAAUUGGAAGCAAUAUUCUGUUUGGAGGGGGUUGAAAUGGGCAUGGAAUGAACUAAAAGAUGAUGUCAUGUGGUGUGUGGGAUAUGGAUCAAAAAUAUCUAUUUGGUUUGAUAUAUGGAGUGGUGACAGAUCCUUAAUUAGUCUAAUUGGCUACACAGAUUAUAUUAGAAAUAAUAAGGGUAUGAAAGUACAGGCUUUAAUACAUGAAGGCAAGUGGAUAAUUCCAGAUGAAUUACAACAAUACAUUCCUACAACAAAUUUGCCAGUGAUAAGUGCUGGAACUGACAAGAGAGUAUGGAUUUGUGGCAAAAAUGAUAAAUUUUCAACAACUGAUGCAAUUGAGAAAAUAAGAAGAAGAGAAGCUAUUCUGUCAUGGCCAAAAUACAUUUGGCAAAACUUUCUUCAUCCCAGCAUUGCUAGUAAUAUCUGGAAAUUACAGAAACAGGUGUAUGUGGAUGAUGUAAUAAUGGCAAAUAGAGUAUUUGAUUUUGCUAAUGCAUCAUCAUUUGAAGAUGUCUGUAAAGCAGCUGAGAAAAAAAAGUCUAAUAGUCAAGCAAAUAUGGAUGAUUGUAGCUUGUGCAACCAUGAAAGAACUAUGGUUUCAGAGAAAUGCAAGGUUAUUUGA